AUGGGUACAAUAAAAACAUUGGAGCAUAAAUUAGAAUUUGUUGAAAAACAAAUUGCUGGGUUACGGUAUGACAACAGAUUAUUGUUCGAUAUUCUUGAGAGAAUCGAACAUAAAAUUGAUAAACCUGCAAUGACGGCUUCAAUCAAUCAUACAAAUCAAUCUUUAAUAGACCAACCAUUUAUUAAAACUAUCAAUACUGCGGAUGAAUUACAAGCAUUGGAAGCUAAACUAAUAAACCCUGAUCAAAACAAUGAGUUUAGGUCUCAAUUAAUUACUGAAAUUACUUGGUCAAUGGGUAAAGACGUAAAACAUUCAGUUAAACGCAUAUUCGAAAAAUUAUUUAACGACGAAAUUCUAUGUGUAUAUUCAUUUUAUGACAAAAGGAACAAAAAAUCUUUUUCCACGUUAAAUAUUUGUUCCAUUAUUUUUGAAGCAAUCCGAGAGAUAAAAUUUAAGAAUGUUCAACAUAAAGAAAUAGAAGAUUGCAUACAAAAAUAUUUGGCACAACGGCCAUUUGUGGUGAAAAGAAAAAAAGUUACAAUGCUAACAAACAUUGCAGAUGAUGAUCAAUUAUUACAGCAAUAA